CCUUCAAUUGACUUUUAGCAAUGCUUAACCGUUAAGGAUGCAUAAACAUUGACCACGCGAAGAAAAUCGAGCAUUUCUCGCUUAAAGAUGCCCUCAAUCCCACGCGCUAUUAUCUCCGCCUGAUUGCUAUUCGCUUCCUCCAACUCUUUUAUAAAGCCGCUCGUACCCAUGAAUGGCUACAGCUGCUGAGCAGGAGCAUAAAAAUGGCGUUACUCGGAGGAAUUAGGGAUGUUGAUUUGGGAGAAGAGAACAGCCUUGAGAUCGACAGUCUAGCUCGUUUUGCCGUCAAUGAGCACAACAAGAAACAGAAUACACUUCUGGAGUUUGGGAGGGUAGUGCAUGCGAAACAGCAGGUGGUUUCUGGAACUAUGUACUAUAUAAAACUGGAGGCAACGGAUGGUGGGAAGAAGAAAGUUUAUGAAGCCAAGAUUUGGGAGAAGCCAUGGCUGAACUUCAAGGAGUUGCAGCAGUUCAGUUUCAUUGCUGAAUGCUGAUGCCCCUUCAGGCUCUAUUGCUUAGGUGACUGAUGGAUUCAUCUUUCCUUGUGACAGUAUCAACUCUUUGAAUACAUUUUAUAUUUUAGAAUUACUUUGUGUACAUAGGAAUCCUAUAGAAGCGAUUUGACAUGUUGAGGUGUGAGUUAGCUGUCUUCUUAGUUGAAUCUUUUAGUUCACUUUUUGUUGAGUCAAGACUUGCCAAAUUUCCGUGUGUAACUAACCUUUUGUAAAAAGGUUGUAUGGACGUAGUCGUUCUUAUUGUAUUUAUGCAUGAGUCAAUAUUUCUUUUCCUUUCCA